GUCACAGGCAAGAACCACCCGCGAUUGAUUAUACAUCAAAGAAGUCUAACCCUCCAGUUAUUUUGAGUCGACGGCUAUCAAGUGCUCUGAAGUCUACUAAACAACACCAAACCGCCCGAGCACAUCCCACACCAUCAUGCCCGAGAUCAUCCUCUCCAUCAACGCCGGCUCCUCGAGCGUCAAGAUCUCCGUCUACAAAACGCCCGAGACCGGAUCUUCCACGCCCACCCAGCUCGCCGAAGCCUCAGUCGAGGGCCUGACCUCUCCGCCCGCUACAUUAAAGUACGAAAGAGGGGAUGAGAAAGUCAAAGACAAGGAGCUAGAAAACAUUAAGACGCAGGAAGAUGCAUUCCGCUACGUGUUAGACUACCUCACAAAUGAUAAGGGCCUUUCUGAACUCAGCAAAAAAGAAGAUAUACGCUUUACGUGUCAUCGGGUGGUGCAUGGGGGCGACUACCCCCGCAGCCAGGUCAUCGACAAGGAGACGUACCACCACAUCGAAGAGCUGUCCGAUCUCGCGCCGCUGCACAACGCGCCGGCUCUUGACAUCGUCCGCGCAGUAGCGGAUAUCCUCCCCACGGCCAAAAACAUCGCCUACUUUGACUCGGCGUUCCACAGCACGCUGCCCCCAUACAUAAGCACCUACCCGAUCGACUCAGCCGUCGCGAAGAAGAACAAACUGCGAAAAUACGGCUUCCACGGCAUAAGCUACUCCUUCAUCACGCACGCCGUUUCGACUUUCCUCGACAAGCCCGCCGAUCAGCUGAAUAUCAUCGCGCUGCACCUCGGCUCCGGCGCGUCCGCGUGCUGCAUCAAGAACGGCAAGAGCCUCGACACAUCCAUGGGGCUGACGCCGCUUGCUGGCCUGCCUGGCGCGACGCGCAGCGGCAGCAUCGACCCCAGCCUGAUGUUCCACUUCACGCACUCAGCAGGCAAGCCCAGCCGCAGCAGCAGCGGACAACUGCACAUCACGCAAGCCGAAGAAAUCCUAAACAAAUCCAGCGGCUGGAAAGCGCUAACCGGCACAACGGACUUUGGGAAGAUCAGCGCCUCGGACCGCGAGCAGGAUCAGCUCGCGUUUGCCAUCUUCGUGGACCGCAUCCUCAACUACGUUGCGCCGUACUUUACGAAGCUGGACGGCGAGGUCGAUGCGCUGGUUUUUGCGGGCGGGAUUGGCGAGAAGGGCGAGCGGUUACGACAGGCGGUUGUGGAUGGCGUGCGGUGUUUGGGGUUCGAGCUCGAUAAGGAGAAGAACAAGACGAUGGGGGAGGAUGUGGUUACGGAUGUUAGUGCUGAGAAGGCGAGGUAUAAGACGCUGGUUGUUAAGACGGAUGAGCAGCUGGAGAUGGCGAGGGGGGUGCUGAUGGAUAAGGAUCGGUUUGUGGGGAAGAAGUAGGGGGGGGGGGUUUGAGUCGAGGUUGAGGUUGAGGUUGUUGUUGUCGUUGUUGGACGGGUGCAGUGUACAUCCGAGUCCCGAGCUAGCCGGUCUUGUUUCUUUUUGGACUAUCCGACGACAUCCACUGAUGGAUGGGUUUGUGUGCAUACUCUAUCUGAAUCUUAUCCGUGCGAUUAUAGCUGUCUUCGUCGUGUGUUUAGUCCGAGAAUCUAGAGUUAGCCAGUCAGGCUUGAAGCAUAGCUUGAUAAUGCCCAUGUCGAUAUCCAUGUCCAAAUCCCUCUCUUUACUCUGCU